GUUGAACCAUCCUUGUAAUCCUGUUGUGAGGUUCUUGCAAGUGAUGUUUGCCUGGAAACCGUUGAAAUGGCUAUGUGGAUAUAUUUGGAAGCUGGAUGUGUUCCUCAGAUUUUUAGGAUCCAAACUCGCACCCAUUCGGAAGCGAUUCAGUUUUCGUCACGGCUUUCUUCAACAUUUGCGGCCUUCCACGCGGAAUGGGUGACAGCUCGUCGAAGGUUUGGAUGUACGACCAGGAGGACAUCACUGCCCGUACCCCCAAAGGGCGCUACUCCCACGAUUCUUUGAGUUGCUCCCCAUGGAGUGAUGACUCCGAUGUCACUCCGAUGUGGCGACCUUGCUCAGACACGGACACCGUCAUUAUUUUUGACUGGGACGACACACUCUUGUGUAGCUCAGCCAUCAAUGCACAGCAGUGGCGCCAAGAUCAGUUGGAGCAGCUGGAGUCUAUGGUAGAGUCAAUUCUUGAGACAGCGAUGCAUUUGGGUGAGACCAUGAUCGUGACAAACGGCAAUGCCUCUUGGGUGCAGGAUAGUGCUCGUCGAUUUCUGCCAAACCUACACAAGAUCCUCAGCCGAGUGACAGUGAUGUCAGCUCGGGCAAUUUAUGAGCAGUCCUUCCCUGGAGAUCCUUUUGCAUGGAAGCGGCAGGCAUUCAGGGAGAUUUUGGCCCGCCGACGUCAAGAAGGCUACCACCCGGACGGAGUCAACCUCAUUGUUUUGGGGGACUCGCCUGCAGAGAUCCAGGCUGCCAAGUCAGCGACAAAGGUGCUGUCCGGCAGGUCCAUGGUCAAGACGGUGAAAUUUAAAGAGGCUCCUUCUGUGAAUGAGUUGUUGGGCCAACUUCGCCGUGUUGUUCAAGAGCUCGCUGCCAUCGUACAGGAGGACCACAGCCUCAAUCGAGGGCUGGUACAGCGCACAUUCCCGGGAAGCAUGGAUCAGCUCUCAUCUUGGGCCUCCGGCUGGAGGAUUUCGGAGACAGAGACAUGGGAUAGCUAUUCCCGAAUGGCUGCGACUCUGCUGGUGGGUGCUUAAUGCAAGGGACCAGGCUGGUGGAAGCCCAUAUGGGACCACACAUUGCCGGCGCAAAAUCUUUGAGGAUUUGCGCCGCUUCAAUUCUUUCUCCUCCUAGUUUGGCGCUUCAGUGGUGAGGCGACUGCGCCCAUCCCUUCAGACAAACCUAGAAGAUGAGUAUGGCGUGUACUGCUGUUAGGCAGGGCCUACUUCGCCCGUAGUCAGAUGGAAGCUGGUUUCUAAGAUGAAACAAUGACUCAACGCAUGUUCAUUGGACGUUUUAGCUGAAUGCGUUGAACGAUCGAAUCAGGUAGGUCAUGACCUGGCAGUUGGAGCGUUUGAGCAGGCGGCAAGUCAGGUAGAGUGGGCCAGAGCAAGACAC